AUGGCCGACCCAAACAGUGAACCACUACCCAAGAAGAACGGAUUAGAUGGCGGAUCAGAGGACGAGACGGUGGCUGCGGUUGAGAAUGGAGUUGUUGUCAAUCAUUCCGGGUACAGAGAUCAGUUGAAGAGGCAGUACAGCCUUUUGGGGUUGGCAGGGAUCGCAGUAACGGUUGACAAUGCCUGGGUAGCGUUGGGGUCAUCCAUCUCGGUCUCUAUACUAAAUGGCGGCCCACCAGGCCUCAUUUUCGGGCUGAUCGUAGCCCUCUUCUACUACACUUUCAUCGGCCUAGGACUAGCAGAGCUCGCCUCCUCCGUCCCAACAGCAGGAGGCGUCUACCACUGGGCCACCAUCGCCGGCGGCCCCAAGCACGGUCGCUUCCUCGGCUUCCUCACCGGCUGGAUCAACUUUUACGGCUGGAUGUUCGACCUCGCCGCCCUGGUCCAGAUCACGGCCAACAUCACCGUCAGCAUGUACGUCAUCUACCACCGCGACACCUACUCCUUCGAGCCCUGGCACGUCUACGUCGCCUACCUCCUCGUUCUCUGGAUUUGCAUUUUGACCGUCAUCUUUGGCAACAAGCUCCUGCCGUACACCCAGAACGCGGGCAUGUUCUUUGUGAUUGUGGGCGGGAUCGUCACGAUUAUCGUCUUGGCCGCCAUGCCGAAGCAGCGGGCGAGUAACUAUUUCGUCUGGGGGAGUUUUGACGAGAACAACCUGACGGGUUGGCAGGGAGGGGUGGCGUUUUUGCUGGGGGUGCUUAAUGGGGCUUUUACGGUGGGAACGCCAGAUGCGAUUACGCAUAUGGCUGAGGAGCUGCCGCAUCCGAGGAGGGAUUUGCCCAUUGCUAUCGCUUUGCAGAUUGGGUUGGGGUUUUUGUAUGCCUUUUGCUUUGCGAUUGCGCUUUGUUACGCCAUUACCGACCUUGGGAUCCUUCAAGGGGGGAUUAACACCUACCCGCUGGUGGAUAUUUACCUUCAGGCGACUGCUGAUGGGGAAGGGAACCAGAACCUGGGGGCAACGUUCGGGUUGCUGUUCAUCAUCUGGUGUGCCUCGAUGCUUUGCUGCAUUGGCACGACCUUGACCAAUUCUCGGAUCUACUGGGCUCUGGCUCGGGAUAAUGCUGUGCCCUUAUCGUCACUGUUCAGCAAGGUCAACGAAAGGCUCAGCUGCCCAGUGCCGGCGACGUUGUUUGUUGCCAUAAUAGCGACAGGCAUAGGCGCCAUCCCCCUCGGCUCGGAAGUGGCCUUCCUGAACCUAGCCGGCUCCUUCAUAAUCCUCACCACCGUCUCCUACGCCAUACCUUUUGCAGCCAACGUCUUGACGGGUCGGAAACACUUCCCCAAGGGCCCCUUCCACCUCGGCAAUUCCGGCUUCGUCAUCAACAUCCUAGCCGUGCUGUUCAUCACUCUGUUCGACACCUUCUACUGCUUCCCCUACGCCCUCCCCACCAACGCCGAGAUUAUGAACUACAACUCUGUUAUCCUUGCUGGGGUGGUGGUUAUCACAAUGGCUUGGUGGGUCGUCCACGCGAGGAGGAGUUAUCCGGGGCCGAAGGUGAUGGGCCUGUACGUGGUUCAUGAUGAUCAAGUGCUGCACGGGGCGGCACCUGGUGGUGGGCAGGAAGCAGAGGGUUUUGGGGAGAAGAAGGGGAAGGAGUAGGAGGUGUACCUGUGAAAGAGUCGAGGUUAUGCAGGCCACCUUGUAUAGCAGCUGAGAACAAGUGCAUGGUUUGUGUUGAGAUACAAUUUUGACGAAGCAGAAAGAUGUCUAUCCAUAUCAAAGUUUGGAUGCCGCGUUCUGCCUAUGAGUGAAGUCAGAUGCCACUUUUGUAUUCCUUGUUCUAAAACAUUGCGGAAGUUGAU